UUUCGUUUCCCUUCGAGCCCCCACCCAGCCCCCAAAUCUCUCCCACCUGCGAGGGAACUCGAGCGAGCCACCGUAGCGAUAUCCUGGGAUUGCUACCUGUAUCUAUCCAUCUACCUACCCUUGGGCGAUUCGAUCGUAGGUCAGUCUUCGGCUCUCGCUUAUCCGGGAUCUUUGAUAGGUGAUUUCCUCGUUUGAUUUCGCGAGCGUCGAGAUUGAAUUCCAUGGAUAAAGACCUCCUUCAGACCUUCGACGCCGCGAAGAAGGCGGCCGACGUGGCGGCGGAGGCCGGCGGCCCGUCGCCUGAGGUGGAUCGGUGCGUGGACGCGUUGAGGCGGCUGAGGAGGAUCCCCGUGACGACGCAAAAUCUGGUGGAAACCCAGGUGGGCAAACGGCUUCGCUAUCUCACGAAGCAUUGCCAUUCAAAGAUUCAAGUUGAGGCUUCCGCCUUGUUAGAAUUCUGGAAAAAUGUUGUCAUUCAGGAGACUUCAAAUUCCACGAGAAAUGGAAGUUCUGAUGAUAAAAGUUCCAUAAAAAAUUUCAAAUCUGAGAGAACAGAAACUGUCAAGGUUAACAAGACUUCAAAGUCUGGGCCAGCCAUCAUGGAUGGAAUUUCAACUUCAGAAAGUUUCAAGUUUGAUAAGAAAGAUAGAGACCAGAGCAUGAAAGCUGAGAUUUCAAAAUCAGAAAGAAACAAGAUUGAGAAUAAUAGCAGCAACGACUCUGGAGUGCUUGCUGUCAAUGAUGAGAGGAUACCCAAGGGAGAUCACCAGGCUUCUACUACCAAGAAACCAUCUAUGGUACCAGCUGGUCCUCCUAAACUGACAACUAUGGUCAAAUGCAAUGAUCUUGUUCGAGACAAAGUUCGGGAACUUCUAGCUGAGGCUUUCUCCAAAGUUUCUUGUGAGACCAGCGAAGAUGAAAGAGAUGAAGUGAGGAACAUCCUGGAUGAAGUGGAUGCAUGUGAUCCCAUUCGAGCUGCUGUGUUGGUGGAGUCCGUGAUGUUUGAGAAACUAGGACGUUCUAAUGGUUCUCAAAAGCUUAAAUACAGGUCCAUAAUGUUCAACUUGAAGGAUGGGAACAACACUGAUCUUCGAAGGAGAGUUCUUGUGGGAGAAGUGAAACCUGAGAAACUCAUUGCCAUGACCCCCGAGGAGAUGGCCAGCGACAAGAGGAAACUUGCAAACAAGCAAAUUAAAGAGAAGGCCUUAUUUGAAUGUGAGCGAGGAGGGCCACCUAAAGCUACCACUGAUCAGUUUAAAUGCGGACGCUGUGGACAGAGGAAGACUACAUACUAUCAAAUGCAAACCCGAAGCGCCGAUGAGCCAAUGACAACAUUCGUGACAUGUGUGAAUUGCAACAAUCACUGGAAGUUCUGUUGAGUGCAUAUGCGGCAGAAAGAUUGCUGAAGAUCCCAGGUCUAAUCUUCCUUCUUUUUCUAGGGCUGCUUCUAUCCUGUGUUUCUUUCGGAACUCAUUAAUUUUUAGUUGAUUAACUGUAGCAGCAUAGUUUUUUCAUGUUUGCUGAUCACUGCCCCCAUCAUCAAUUAAAAGUGUUGAAUCCA